GAAAGUUUGGAGCACAAAGCAGGAAGCCAGUGUUCUUAAUAUUGACAUGAAAGCCAAUAUAUGUUGCGUCAAGUAUAAUCCUGGAUCUAGCAAUUACAUUGCGGUUGGUUCAGCAGACCAUCACAUCCAUUAUUAUGAUUUAAGAAACAUCAGUAGUCCACUCCAUGUGUUCAGUGGGCACAAGAAAGCUGUCUCGUAUGUGAAAUUCUUGUCUGAAAAUGAACUUGCUUCUGCCUCUACAGACAGCACACUAAGAUUGUGGGAUGUAAAGGAAAACUUGCCGGUGAGUAAAUAUGUUUAUAAUGGUUCAGCAUUUCUUUUAUGCCUUAAUCCAGAUAAUUAUUUUCAUUUUGCUUGUAUUGCUUUAAGUUCAAAAGCUCUAGUCUCUAAAUCGAUGCAUUCAAUAAUAUGGCUACUCGAAAAGUAGUGGAACUUGACCUAGCGUACGUUGUGAGAGGAUGUAACAUGCCAUCUGUCAAGGUGGAUCACUGUUGAAGGAGCAACCCUUAAUAGUGGUAAUGCAUGAUGUAGCAGAGCCAUCUUGGUUGGUUUAUAAUUAAAUAGUGAACCAUGAUAGUGGAAUUACUUAAUCUUAGCCUUCAAAACCAGGAUUUAAUGCAUGGUUUGUAGCAGUAGACCAGUGAUAUGAGGUCUUUGUUACACAGUAACCUUACUACAGGAGCUCUGUUACAAUUGAUUAAUGGUUUGUUUUGAUGUAGAGGAUCCACUAUUAUUGCAACUACCGAGCAUAAUGAUACAUGCUAUUAACUAUUGGGAUAGCUACUUAAUUAUUCAAGAAAGCGAAGAUUAGAGAUAGAGAUCAAUUGUGGAAGAGAUUUAGAAA